UAGGAGGAAACGCGCCCGGGUUGUGGCUGAGCGGAGCAGCUGCUUUUGUGCAAAGCGGAUCCGGGGGGGGCGUUUUAUUUCAUUUUAGUUCUGGGCGUUUGAGGAACCAGGCUCGGCUGCGGAGCGAGGAUGGCCUGGACCAAAUACCAGCUCUUCCUGGCCGGGCUGAUGCUGGUCACCGGCUCCAUCAACACCCUCUCGGCCAAGUGGGCGGACAGGCUGAGCGCACGAGGAUGCAACGCCACGAGCGAAGAGCACACCUUCCAACAUCCCUUCCUCCAGGCCGUGGGCAUGUUCCUGGGGGAAUUCUCCUGCCUGGCUGUCUUCUACCUCCUGCUCUGCGCUGACCGGAGGAGGCCAGAGCCCACCAUGGACCCCCCUCAGUCCUACAACCCGCUCCUUUUCCUGGCUCCAGCCCUGUGCGACAUGACAGGGACUAGCCUCAUGUAUGUGGCUCUGAACAUGACCAGCGCGUCCAGCUUCCAGAUGCUGCGAGGGGCCGUGAUCAUCUUCACCGGCCUGCUCUCAGUGGCCUUCCUCGGGCAGAAGCUGGUGCUCAGCCAGUGGCUGGGCAUCCUGGUCACCAUCGUAGGGCUGGUGGUGGUCGGCUUGGCAGACCUGAUGAACAGCGGGGACCACGAGCACAAGCUCAGCGAGGUCAUCACAGGGGACCUUCUGAUCAUCAUGGCUCAAGUGAUUGUCGCCAUCCAAAUGGUGCUGGAACAGAAAUUUGUCUACAAGCACAACGUUCACCCCUUGCAGGCUGUGGGCACGGAAGGGCUUUUUGGCUUCCUCAUCCUCUCCCUCCUGCUGGUCCCCAUGUACUACAUCCCAGCGGGCAGUUUCGGGAGCGGUCCGCGCCGCGUCCUGGAGGACGCCCUGGACGCCUUCUGCCAGAUCGGCCGGGCUCCGCUCAUCGCCCUAGCGCUGCUGGGCAACAUCAGCAGCAUCGCCUUCUUCAACUUUGCCGGCAUCAGCGUCACCAAGGAGAUCAGCGCCACCACCAGGAUGGUGCUGGACAGCCUGCGCACCGUGGUCAUCUGGGCCGUCAGCCUGGCUGUGGGCUGGGAGGUCUUCCAUGGCCUGCAGAUCCUCGGCUUCCUCAUCCUCCUGCUGGGGGCCGCCAUCUACAACGGCCUCCACCAGCCCCUCCUGGCACGGCUGCCCUGGCGGAGGGCGGCCGCGGCGGAUGCCGAUGCGGAUAGAGAGGGCCUCUUGGCGGCGGACGGAGCCUCCAUCAACGGGGACAGUUGAUCGCCAAGCAGAGCCCUUGGCCGGACCUCUGCUGGGUGGGCUGGCCAGCUUCUCGGGCUGGAGCACGAGACUGGUUUGGGGGGUCUGCGUUGCGCACUUUCGCCACAAAAUGUCAGGACGUUGCUCUGCCACCCGGCUCCUUUGCUCGUUGCAGGAAGAGCAGCCGCCAAGGAGAUGCCCUCUGCUUUUGGGGGACCACAUCUCUCAUCGUCCCUGGCCUUGACGGGAGCUGGAGCCCCCAACAUGAGCUCAACACCUCCUGCUUUAAGCAAUUGGUUGAGGGUUUUCUGUUGCUGCUUGCUAGGAGAAACACACUGCCUUCAGAAAUCGGCACGCGAGACAUCUCUGGGCAGCUUGACUCCCAGACUGAAUUUGGCUUGCUUUGUGGGGACCCCCAACGCCACCUUCCGGGACUUGGUCCUUUCCCCCCGCUUCCUUCACCCAAAGGUGAGAAGGAAGGCCAUUGCAACGAGGUUUCCCAGUGAACAACCCUUUCCUGGAAGGAGUUCCCUCUUUUCGCCCCUUCUGCUAAACAAAAUAUUUCUACGGUAUUUGCUCUGAUCCCCACCCCAAAGGAGGGAGUGCUACAGGUGCCCAGUGCCUGCCUCCUUUAGGAGUCCAGAACUCUCCUCCACAAUCCAUUAUUUCCCAGGCUUUCCUCUGAUGCAGCAACAAAGUCUAACGUCCCCCCAGGCUGGCAUCCUCCAGGUGUUUCAAACAGCAGCACCAUUUGGGCUGUGGCAGGCGGAAGUUGCCGUCCCAAACAUCUCGAAAGGGCUGAUGAAGUCUGCUCUAACUUGGCAGUUUGAUGUUUUUCCCCACUGGGUCUGUUCCCCCUGGCAAAAACCUCUCCCUAAGGGGAGAGCAAAUGGGCAUCUUUCUCUUCGGCCUCCCCUGUUUAUAUCACACUUGGGCUUCUGAAGGAGGUGACGCCGCAGAUCGGGCCCCUUGAGGCUAGAGGUGGAGUUAGUGGCAUGUGAAUCACUUAACAACCCUCACACCAAUGGCACUGGGUGGCACUGAGAGUCCCUCGCCCUGUGGCACAGCGGGUAUCCAGGCCUUGCCUAUCAGAUCAGCUUCGGUGAAGGCCCCCGGGCUGCCGAAAUUACUGGGGAAACCCAUUGAUAGGGGCUCCUUCCCCGACGGAUCACAAAGUUGCGAUUGGGGGCUGUGGGAAAGGGAACACCCCAGGCCUGCCCACACAUACGAUGCUGCUGCUGCCUUGUCCACUUUUGGGGGGGGGUGCAAGUCUGUCUCUGCUUCUUCCUAAGGCUGGAACUGAGUGAUGGGGGUCGAAGGAAUCAUCGAUGCUCCCAUAGCAUACUCGGAGGAGGCAGCACCAGAUUAUUCCCCCUCGUUCCGAGCAUUUUGGAGAGGGCCCAGAGAGCUGACUCCUCAACCCUCUCCUGAACUGGCCCUUCUGUUCGGAGCCUGCGAAAUGUUUUCUCCCCCCAGCUAUUGCGAGUCCUCUUAAUUUCCCCCUGCUAGCCAGGUGAAUGAAGGCGAGAGCUGAAGUCUUGCCCAGUUGUAGGGGCCUUAAGAGGGCUCUCUGGUGCCAUUUUGGGGUCCGGUCGUAUGGAGGGCACCCCCCUCUCUUGCACCCAAGCCAUGAACACAGCUGGUCUAAGCUGUGCAGCCAGGACGAGCAUCCGCCGCCGCCUCCACAAACUUCUCAGGUGCUGAGCAGACCCACAUUGGUGCCUAGGGGUGGGAUGAGAGGAUGAGAGGGAGGGUGGGCUUGUCUUUGCCUUGGGAAUAUGAACAAGAAUGCAUUUAUUCACCAAUAAAAACU